AUGAUGCGAAUUGGAUACUGGAAGCGUAGCAGCAGAAAGACGGGGCUGCUGCAUGAUCUCAAAAGGAAUGGCGGGAGGAAGCGCCCUUUCGUCAGCGCUCCUAGCUGCGCGCCGAGGGACGAUCGGGGAAAGUACGACGAUAUAGAAAAUGUGAAAAAUGAAGCAGAUUUAAGGAAAUUCUAUCUGCUUUACAGUAAAAAGGAUGCCACCCAGCUGAUGCGUGACUAUGAAUUACUAACCAGUGGGACGUUAAAGAGAAAGUGCUCACUUGCUGAGGUGAUGGAAUGCCGCAACAUUUUGAAGUACGUGGUGGACACGGCGUCUGUGGUGCAUUUCUUAAGUUCGAAGGGGGGAGUCCAAGGUAGUAGGGCCAGUACUCUCCAUUCGGCAAAUGAGAGCCAUCAUACAACCGGACCAAACAACGUCUACUACAUCCACAAUAUUGAGAAACCAAAAGUGAACAGAAACGAACUGAUACGAACAAGCAGAAACAACCGUUGUAUGAAUGGCCUCCUCAACAACAACAUGCACAAAUUUAUUUAUAGACUGAAAAAAUGCGACAUUCUGAAUUAUAAAGAGAAAGUGAUAAGCAAGGAGCAUGUGAAUUAUUCCUCGUUGUUAUUCCCCCUGACUUACGUGAAUCUGAGGAGAGCAAACGGAUCAGAAGCGAACUCGUAUGUCAUGGAUACAAGCAUCUUCUAUCAUCAUGUUCACAAACGGAACAGUAAGGCCUUUAUAGAGAUACUGAGACGAGUUAACUACAAAAUUUUGUCCGCGCAAGAAAUAAAAAAUGGCCUUCUCCUCUUGACUGUCCUGCACCACAACAACAUUUCCAUGUCAAAUGACAAAAGCAGCAUCGUCAAGUGUGCAGGCAGUUCGGAAGUUUUAUACAGAAAUGAAGCUUACGUUAAUAAAAAAAUGCUGCAAGACAUUUUCAUAAACAUGUGUCGGGGGAUUUACACUAAAGUGGAGUCCAUUUCGUUUCUCCAUCUGUAUGACUACCUGCUGCUUAUGUGCGUCAACGAAGUGAAGAGUAAGGAGGUUUACGCAGGUAUCAUCAACCGGCUGUCCCAUUACGUUAAUGUUAUUAACAAAAUUAGUAACGACCUGAACAGGUCAGGCGAAACGGGGGAGCCCCUCUGCGUGGGGGGAGAAACCGCGAUUGGGAGUGAUGCCACGGAUGGGAGUAUAAUGCAGACGGGCCAUCCGACGGAGGACCCACUUGGCCUUAAAGUCGAAUCACUCGAGAGAGCGGCAUCCGGAUUGACAAUCGGCAGUACAGACUGCGCAUUCCACGGCGAGGGAGACGAGGUAGAUGGGGCAAACGAGGAGUGGGCGCAAAACAUAGCCCAAAGCGACGACUGUCGCUUUUACUUGAGGAAGGACCACCGCCAGCACAUAACGAACAACCUGCUCAGCAUCAAGAACAUCCUGCUGCACAAAGUUCUGCUAGUGUACAUGGCGAAAUAUCUCUUCAGCCACAUAGACAGCAACAUUUUGUAUGCCCACUCCGAUCUGAUCUGCGAAAAUCUGGAGCUAAUGACACAUCAUAUGAUAACAAAUUUUAUUUUCACCAUCGGGACGUGCAAACAUAUCGACGAAUUCUGCAUGUUCAUGUUGGCAAAGUAUGUACAGAAUUAUGUUCACACGUAUACGCCAAAUGAGAUCACUAUCAUCGUAAAUACUUACGCGGACGCCUCUUUGGAGGACGUCAGUUUUUACGAAACGAUUUGUGAUCAUAUGAAGAGAAACUUCCAUACAUUCUCUUCUAUUGAUAUUAUCAAAAUAAUCUAUGCCUUUUCCAAAGUAAGGAUUCGAGAUGUUGAGUUGUUAAAAAUGGCGUAUGAAAAGAUAAACAAUUAUUUGGAAGAGAGAGAAAGAAAAAUUGACGACAUGUCUGUACAGGUGAAGGGGUCAUACGUACAAUGGGAGAGCGAAAAAAGAAAAAAAAAAAAAAAUUUCAACACACACGGAAAUGGCGAUGCGGUUGUGCUAAGUGGCGAUUUCCCCGAUGGAGGUCACCACCCUGUGGCGAGCGGAAACAAUCUGUAUGAGGACAAGCAGAACAAACGGAAUGUGACAAGAAAAAAAUAUGUCAUUAACAAAUAUCUCUGCGCGUACGCAUUAAUUGCGGCGGGGAAGUUGGAUUAUGUAGAAGAACUCGACAAACUGUUUGUACACUUAAAGAAUAGCAUACAUAGUGAAGGAAUCGACAUUAGGGGCGUGUUGUGGAUGCCCAUGGCCAUCACGAGCUUGCUAUCCUCGGAAUGCAUUUUUCACUUCCUUCCCAUUUAUAUAAAUUUAAUUUACAACGCUUUCAAGAAGACGCAAUCCCCCAAACUGCUUUCGCUACUCAUACGAAGGCACAGCAUUUUACUGCACACAAUCGAGACAGACAUCAUUCCGAAGAAAUACAUCAGUAAAGGCACUCUGAACAAUUUGUAUUAUAUUUGCAAAACGAAGAAGGACAACUCGAAGGAGAAGGUGUUCAUUCCAGAUAGCUCCACCUUCCACAUUGAAGUGUCCAACGCGCUGUUAUCCCUGGACAUUGCGCACAGAAAGGAGGUUAACAUUUACCCCUUCACCAUUGACAUUUUUAUUAGCAGGCCCGGAAAUUGCACACAUAAGGGGGGGCAAUCCAGCAACACGCAGAGAGACCCACCCAGGGCGGCGGCGCCGUGGAGCUUCGGCACGACCGACUAUCCCGUUGAUCAUACCGUGAGGGAGAAGAGAAAAAUACACCCCUAUAGCAAAGGCAGCGACAAAGACAGCGACAAAGACGGCGAGAAAGACGGCGAGAAAGACGGCGGCAACGACAGCCGCUACGACGACACCAACUUUGAGCACACAUUCGAAACCAAGAAGGUGAAGAAGAAGUCCAAGAACAAAAACGAGGUGUACACGGACGUGCCGAUUGCAUAG